UUUUGUCGUCUGCUAAAACGUAAAAACCGAAAGAAAAUUUUGUUAAAAAACAAUUUUUAAGAAUGUAAUUGCGGCAAAUUAGUAAACAAACUUAAUAAUAGUAAAUAACAAUUAAGACACAAAAUUCGACAAAAUCAUCAUUGACCACAAACAAAUGUCUGUUUUUAAUUUCAACAAGGCUUGAUUUUUAUAUAUUUUUAUAUAAAAAAUACACUAAUUAUUUUUGUUUAUUAAAUAAAUUUACAAACAUGCCUAAAGUACUGUUGACAGAAACAAUUUCCAUGGAACUUGGUGCACAAGAUCCAUGGCCGCAACUGAUAAAAAUGUAUCAACCAUACGAGGUGGAGCAAAUUUUAUUACCAGACAAUUCAAAUUGUCUCGCAGUGCAGGCUUAUUUGAAAAUGUGUAAUUUAGAAUUUCAAGUUGAGCCAAGAAGAAAUGCGGAAUAUAUGUCGCCAUCGGGACGUGUUCCUUUCAUACAAUGCGGUGCAUUUGUCGUCUCGGAUUUCAAUGGAAUUGUAAAUUUUAUCAAUUCAAAGGGCACGAGUCUAUCGGAGGAAUUGGAGGCAACCGACAAGGCUGAUAUGAGAGCGUAUAUUUCAUUAGUUAAUGAUGUUCUCGUGAAUGCGGAACAAUAUAUUUGUUGGUGUGAACCAAAGACUUUGAACAAUAUUACAAAACCAAGAUACGGCAGUGUCUAUCCAUGGCCAUUGAAUUACAUUCUAAAUUGGCAAAAACAAUCGCAAAUAACAAAGAAACUCAAAGUAUUGGGCUGGUAUAAUAAAACACUCGAUGAAGUACUGGAGGAAGUGAAAAAUUGCUGUGACGCCCUGUCUGAACGACUUGAAAGUAAAACGUAUUUUUUCGGCGAAAGGCCGAACGAAUUGGACGCCCUGGUGUUUGGACACAUGUUUACAAUUAUCACAACAUCGUUACCGGAUAAUUUAUUGGCGAAUAUCAUUAACAAAUACCCGACUCUUGUCACAUUUUGCAAGCGCAUCGAAAAUAGCAUUUUUUAUUCGCAAGCGAUAGAUGAUAUUAAACAAAUUGAAACAGAAAAUUGGGGACGAGUAUUAAGUACUUAAUACUUUUUAGAAAGAAACUUUUCAGUUUCCAAGUGUCGACUGCAACUCUGUAAAAAUGUACCUGUUCAAUUACUACCUCAGAUCAUGUGAUACAAUCAACUGAGCUCAUGAUCGAAAAAAAAGUUUGAAAUCUUUUUUUUUAGAUUCAAAUCAAAUCACUUUUUUUUUAAUAUUUA